UCACGCAGAAACCCAGAUGAAUAAUGCACAGCUCACGGCAGCACAGAAUUGUUUUCCCUUUCGAUCGAUCAAGAUGACGAGGACGCCGGCGUCUCUCUCCUUGGCCGUCGUCGCCGUCUCGGUGGCGGCGGCGGCGCUCCUCCUCGCGGCGCUGGUGGCGGCGGACGGCCAGAAACAACAAGGCUACGUGCAGCCGGCGUACCGGCGGCCGGCCGCCGGGCUGAAGGCCGACUACUACCACCAGUCGUGCCCGGACAUGGAGGGCAUCGUCCAGCGAGCCGUCAAGAAGGCCAUCGCCGCCGACUCCACCCUCGCCCCCGCCCUCCUCCGCCUCUUCUUCCACGACUUCGCCGUCGGGGGGAUCGACGCGUCCGUGCUGGUGGACUCGCCGGGGAGCGAGAGGUACGCCAAGGCGAGCAAGACGCUGCGCGGGUUCGAGCUCAUCGAGUCCAUCAAGGCCGAGCUGGAGGCCAAGUGCCCCAAGACCGUCUCCUGCGCCGACAUCCUCGCCGCCGCCGCCCGCGACGCCAGCACCGAGGUGAAGGUGGACUACUGGCCGCUGAUGUACGGGAGGAAGGACGGGAGGAGGUCGAGCAUGGUGGACGCCGACCAGUACGUGCCCAUGGGGCGGGAGAGCGUCACCGACCUCAUCGCCUUCUUCGAGUCGAGGGGGCUCACCGUGCUGGACCUCGCCGUGCUCUCCGGUGCGCACACCAUCGGCCGCGCCACGUGCGCCGCCGUGAAGCCGAGGCUGUGGGACUACGCCGGCACGGGGAGGCCCGACGCCAGCAUGAGCCCGCGGUACGGCGACUUCCUCCGCCGCAAGUGCGCCGCCGCCGGCGACGGCGGGUACGUCUACCUCGACGCCGACACGCCGACGGAGUUCGACAACGGCUACUACAAGAACCUGCUGCGCGACAUGGGCCUCCUGGAGACGGACCAGAAGCUGCUGCCGGACUCGAGGACGGGGGAGUUCGUCAGGGAGCUCGCCGGCGCGCGCCCGGAGCUGAUCAGGCACCAGUUCGCCGACUCCAUGCGCCGCCUCGGCGCCGCGCAGGUGCUCACCGGCGACGAAGGCGAGGUCCGCCUCAAGUGCUCCGCCAUCAACAGCAACUCCUACUGAUUGAUUGAUCUGAUUAGCAUAUAUGUCAAUAUAUCGAAUUAUAUUAUCGAUCGAUAUCUAUUAUCAAUUGCUUAUGCGAGUAAUGUCAAUGGUUUUCCAUUUUGGCUUCUUGGUAAUUUCCUCAAGAGAAAAAAAAUGCUUGUGUUUUGGAGCUUAAUCCACUUUAAUUUGUUCGGUAAUACUACCUUUGAGAUGGUGUUGUAUGGUGUAAGAGUGUAAGACAGAGUCAUGUUUUAUGCUUAAA